AUGAGACGCUGGCAGCUGGCGCGAUGUGCUCGUUCCGAGCUGCGACAUGCUUUCCUGGGGCAAAGGAACCAGGCUUCCGUGCGUCCCCCGACUUCCCUCUCAGCGCAGUUCGCAAGUGGGGCCGAUGCUGAUGCCAUUUCUGCAGAUCGGCGAUACCUCACAGGGGAGGGAGGUCGCAUGGUCCUCUUGCAUGACUACCGCGACAUGAAAUUCCUGAAACGGCUCUCCGCCGUGGGUAUGGCCGCAUCCCUGAUGUCAUCGUCGGGCUUGGCCUAUGCUGUCAGCCUCGGCUGGCCUGCUGAACAAUGCGCUUUCCUUGCUUUUCAGACGGUUGGCGCAGCGCUGGCCUUAUAUGCCUACUUGCGAACCUAUGUCGCACGAGCUGUGCUGUGCCCCAAGCGCGCGCAGCUGCUGGUCACAGGUUGCUCCUUUUUUGGGCAGCCGCGAGCUGAGGACGAAGCGAUCCAGCUGUCACAGAUUCGACCUGGCUACUCCCUGGAGGGAGGCUACAUCAAAUUCCGAAUGGAAGGCCCGGCCUGGGACGUGUCUCGCUGGGUUUGGUUUCGUAUCCCGCGAAGCGAAGAGAGUGGCAACACAGCGAAGGGAGCUCAAGUUGGCUAUCGCCCAGAGAGGCCCUUGCCCAAAGAAAGCACAGCCUCCCAGACAGUGCUGCCCGAGCGAACCACACAGCCGUCACAGCGGCGCUUCAUGGGAGCAGGGCUUGGUGGAGCUGACACAGGGGAUGACGAAGCACGGGGCACUGCACCGCGACCACCGACGGUGAAGCAGUCGGUGGUGGAGCAGACUUCCGACACAGCUCCUGCGAAAGUGAUCGCACUGAAGUUGGAAAACGGGCUCCCAGCGACCGCCCGGGACGAGCAGUUACUCCUGGACUUCUUUGAGGAUCCGAAUGCUUACGGCGUGACGAUGCGGUGA